AUGUCGCGCCAACCUAUCCUCCUCGCUAUCCUCCUCCCCUUCAUCCUUCCUGUCCUCGGCGGUACCCCGGCGCCAGCCUCCCUGCCUGCGGUAGACUUUUCGCGGAUGGGAACGGUCGGGCUCGGCGGAUCUUUCGCGGGGCUCGACUGGUGGUCCGAGCAAAGUCCGUUCGCUUCGGCUUCAUCAUCCUCGUCGUCAACACCCCGGUUCUCGGCGGAAGGAGAUACGGUGUUCCUGCGGGCCGGAGAUGGCGGGUACAGGCCAAUAGGGGUGACGAGCGCGGGAGGGGUGGUGAAUGAUGUGUGCUGGAUAUCGGGGGAGGGGAAUGGAACGAUAUACGUUGGAGGGUCCUUCACGGCCAUAGGUGGUCAGACGACCUCCAAUCUGGCAGCGUACUCGCUGUCUACCUCACAGUGGCGGACGAUAGGGUCGGGGCUGUCAGGACCGGUCAAUACGCUGUCGUGCGAUUCGGACAGGAAGGAGGUCUGGAUAGGAGGGCAGUUUCAGGGGCCAAACGGAAACAGGAGCAACAUCGCGCUCUGGUCGACAUCCUCGUCGUCAUGGCAGGCCAUCCCCUUCACCGGGCUGAAUGGUCCGGUAUCGACCAUCUCUCGAAACCCUUCCAACUCGAACCUCUUCUUUGGCGGGUCCUUCUCAACCACUUACUCCUCCAACUCCACGCGCAACAUCACUUCCAACUACACCUCUACACCCUCAGCACCCUCCAAUACCUCCACAAUCGGCAACUCCGGCUUCCUCACACCCGUCACGCUUCCUGCGUCCAGCAGCGCGGAAGGGCAAUUAACAAUCACGGCGGGACCUGCGACAGCGGACCCAAGAUACAAUGACCCGCGAGUCAUGCUAUGUCCGGGAAGCGGGACCUGGCUGGCGGUGGAGAAUCAGGUGUCGGAUGUGAACCUGCUUGGAUACAACUUUUGGAGGGCGUCAGGAGCAAGGGUACGGAAUGGGUUGGUAGAAGGCAGAGGGACGACCACUUUCUGUCUAACGAGCAUACCCGACAAUCUGCAACUCAACAUGACGUAUACCGACCCCAAGACCGGCAAGAAUGCGACCUGUUGGGAUCAUUGCCCCUUGUCAACCGAUCCUAGCGUCGGAGGACAGGACUUUGUCUUUACGGAUGGACCGAGGAAUAUGACAGGGCUGCAGAUGCAGCUCAAGACGUGGAUCGGACAGGGCGCGGGACUGAGUAGUGUGGAGCUGUUGUCGCCAGGUGCAUUUGCUUCGUCCUCCUCGGAUGGCAACUCAGGUGUUUGCCCCGGCGCAAGUACCUCAUCGGUUCAACGCACCGGCGACUGGACACAAGGGACAGUCCACACCUCCAUCGCCGCUACGGUCGCCUACUACAUCAAAGCACAAGUUGCAAAUCCUCCACCCAACUACCCCUCGGUCACAUUCUAUCCCCAAGUCUCCUCCGCGGGGUAUUACGACGUCUACCUCCCAAUCCCGGCGUGCUCCAAGACCGAGGAUUGUGGCAGCCGCACCACCGUCGACAUGACCAUCUUCCCCCGCGCGGACGGUCAGGGCUAUACCAGCACCAUCUCUCAGGUCACCGAUACCGACCGAAGCAUCCUCAUCUUCUCUGGCUGGAUGGACAAAACCAGCUCCGACUUUUCAGCUACGGUCAUGCUCGCCCUCGCUCGGCAGCCGGACGGGACUGGAUCGGGGCGUUUGUCUAUCGUGGCUCAAAGCGUCGAGCUCGUCCUUACCGGCAUUGGCAGCCCCGGCCAGACUCCUCAGACCAGUACUGGCGGAAUCGUCGGUCAGAACGGGACUAUAGUGACCAAUACCACUCGCGUCGGCAGCUCCAGCCAAGCAAGCUCUUUCGGCGUCUUUGAGUGGGCGCGAGGCGGGACGGUCAACGCCGCGAGCGGGUCUUUGCCCAACGCAACAGAGACCGCUCUCAUUCGGGUCGGCUUCGCGUUGAGCUCGGCACGGAACGGGUCCGCCGGCGCCAGCGGGUGGGUAGUCAAUGCUGUCGUGCCGGUCGGAAACACCAUUUACGUCGGCGGUCAAUUCGCACGAACGGGCAACUGGAGUAACGUUCUAUCCAUCGAUACAGCCUCAAACACCACCGCUUCCCUGCCGGAGGGCGGACUGAAUGGGGUUGUCCAUACCGCGGUCGCUAUCGGCCAGAACGUAUACUUCGGCGGCAACUUUACCGGUACCGCCACCGGGAGCAAUGCCAAGUUCCGCCAUAUCGUCCGGUAUGACACCUCGGCCAAGUCCUGGUCGGCCAUUGGCGGCGGGGUCGACGGGGCCGUCACUGCCUUGUCAGUCAGCAACAACCAGCUCAUGGUUGUCGGGAACUUCACCAGCGUCCUUGCUGCAGAUGGCUCGUCCACCUCAACAGGCGGAUAUGCUAUCUACGACACCUCCUCUUCAUCCUGGUCUACCUCGGGCGUCCUUUUCGGCACGCUGUCCGCAGCAUCUCCAGUCGGAAACGGGAACACCAUCCUCGCUGGUCGCGUUCUUGGCGCGAGUAGUAACUCGGUGAACGGCAUCGCGCUGCUAUCAACCGGCUCGAACGGUGCGGAGAUCUCCACCCUCCAAGGUGUUACGUUCUCCUCGACCGGGUCUGGCGCGUCCGCUUCUGCUCCCGCCAAGAGAAGCCUUCAGCCUCGGCAUCAGCCGCCGAAUUGGAUUUCUCGCCUAUCCGCCGUCCUAGCUCCCGUUGUCACGCGCGACCUCCUCCCUCGCGCCCCUGCACCGGCAAUUCCCGCAGCCACCGCUGUCGCUCCAGCUGUUCUCGCCGGCGGGUUCUGGACCAACUCGUCCGCCAGCAGUCGACCCCAGAUCACCAUCCUUGGCGGCAACUUCUCAACCACCAACAACAAUAUCGGCGGACUCGGUUUCUACGCCAACAACGCGCUUUCAGGACCUACUCCUUCGGUCCGAGGUGUAGUCCGUACCCUCGCGGUAAUUGGCGACACGGUCUACGCCGCAGGAUCAGGCGUCAACGUCACAGGCGUUGGAUCUGGGCUGGUCGCGUAUGACCUGGCGAAAGGACAGUGGUCCUCGAGUCGUAUCCCAGCUCUGAACGCGCAGACCGGAUCGGCCCUGGUCAUUGAUGUCAUUAAGCAGAGGGAGUCUACCAACACGGUGGUGGUGGCUGGCAACUUUGGGUCGGCGGGGAGUCUGGCGUGUGCGGCGGUGUGCCUGUGGGACACGGGAAGCGCGCAGUGGAGUAGUCCCGGUGGCGGGCUGUCGAGCGGGGAAGUCAGGGCUAUCGACUUUGCGGGCAACGAACACGACGUCCUGGUCGCAGCUGGCUCCUUCGUGCUUCCCUCUGGCGAGACCUCGUACCUCGCCUCGUACACCUUCUCCGAGGCAGCGUGGCGUCCGCUCGGCUCGCUGCCUGGCCCGGCACUCGCCGUGGCGGUCGAUAACAAGAACGCCUCGUCCAUCUAUGCUGCCGGCUACUCUACCUCGGACAACACUCCUUACCUAUCCCAGUGGACCGGCAACUCCUGGACCGCCCAAAACUCCUCACUCCUUCCCGGAUCCAUCGUCAGCCAGCUCGCCUUCGUCCCGCUGCAAAAGGAACACACCGGGACCGGACUCAUGGAGCGGGACCGUAUGCUCAUGAUGUCUGGGAACCUCUACCUUGACUCUGUCGGAAAUGCCACUUCGGCGCUGUAUGAUGGGUCCCGGUCAUACCCCUACCUCGCGGGUAUCAGCUCGGGUGGAGGUCUCGCCGGCUCGUCCAACCUCUUCUGGUCGGAGAGCUCUUUCGACUUUACGAUCCGACGAUACCUUGCCGUCGGGCUGGUCGUCCUGGUCGCUAUGGCGAUCGCUACCGGUCUCAUUCUGCUCCUUAUACUCCUCUUCCUGCUCAUCGGUUACUGCCUCCGCCGGAAAGAACGGAAGCGCCCCCACCAAGAGAUGUACAAUAAGGACCCGGCGGACCUCGACAACGGCAGUGAUAUCUCCUCGACGCACCAGAAUGUCCUUCAUACCGUCCAGAAUGCGAUCGAGGCGACUUUGAUCGGUGCCACGCCCGCAGCGACCAUUGCGGCGGCCAAGCACCGGUCCAGGGAGACUCGGGAUUCCGGAGUGAGCGAUUAUGCGGGAGCCGGGGAUGAUGAGGAGGAGUCGGAAGAAGGAGGGAGGGAGACGACGAUGCGGUAUGACUUUGAUGGGCCGGAUCUCCAACCAGGGGAGAUGAGUGUACGGGCGGGACAGAGGGUGAUUGUCCUGGAUGAUCAGCAGAGUGAGGAGUGGUGGUAUUGCCGAGAACCGGUCAGCGGGCGGGAAGGAGUUGUGCCUGCGACUUAUGGCCCGGGAGGAUCGGUCAUCGGGCCCAUCGGGCACGGGUAA